AUGGCGAGCCAGUGCUUCGCAUCCACCCUCGCGGCCGCGCCCGUCGCGCGUCUCGCGCGUCGAUCCCGCGCCCCCGCCGCGCCGCGACCCGCGCGCUCGCUCACGAUCGCCGCCGCGUCCGCCACCGAGAAGGACGACAAGGCGCUCGAGUCCGAAUCCGCGGGCGCCAAGAAGCGCGACGAGGAGUCCAAGGCGGCGGGCAUCCAGGAGCGCAGGCCCCCGCGCGGCGGCGAGGCGCCCCCGCCGGGCAAGUGGGAGUGGACCCUCAACUGGGACCCCGUCGUGUACGACAAGGUUAACGCCGCGCCCCUCACCGCGCCGACGGAGGCCGAGCUUAACGCCGCGGGAUGCGUGAUCGGCUCGUGCCCCAGGACCCCCUCCGACGUCGACAGGCUCAUCGACGAGGGCGGCGUGGAGGCGAUCAUCUGCCUCCAGUGCGAGCUCUGCCACGGCGCGCUAAUGAUCGACUGGGAACCCAUCAGGGCGAGGGCGCUGGAGCGCGGCGUGCCCAUCGUCCGCGUCUCCGUCAGGGACUUCGACCGCCUCGACCAGGCCAAGAUGCUCCCGGAGAUGGUCCGAAAGCUCGCGCUGUUUCGCGCCAUGGGUAAGCGCACGUACGUGCACUGCACCGCGGGCAUCAACCGCGCCUCCCUCACCGUCCUCGGGUACCUCACCUUUGUCGAGGGCAUGACCUACGACCAGGCGCUGGCCAUCGUUCGCGAGUCGAGGCCCCAGGCAAACCCUUACGCGGUGUCCUGGGAGAUCGCGCGCGAGCGUUUGCUCGCGGGGCGCACGGAGGACGUGUACCUGUACACGCAGGUGGAGCUCGGGGGGAACUCCAUCGAGGAGGGCGGCGACUGGAUCAAGCGCGACUUGGAGAGCGCGAGCAUCGGGGUGAUCCAGAGCAUCUUCAACAGGGGGGUGGAGGCGGAUCUCUCGUUCACCGCGGCGCUCACCGACAUGUGCGCCGCCGCGAUCAAGGCUGGUGGCAAGUGAAUUGAUGGGGCGGUGUAGGACGAUUCUUUCCGAAAUCCCGGGUGGGGUUCGUUCGUCGGUACAGGUACAAGUACCUCUGGAGGUACAAGUAAAGUAGUCUUUUCGUGCAACGUCGAGUUUAUGUUUUUCUCUUCUCACGCCGGCGGCGCCGGGGGCGGCGGCGGAGGCGCCCCCACCUCAUCCGCGCUGGGCACGUACCCCGCGUCCCCUCCCGCGACCGGCGGGGGCGGGGCCGGGGGCGGGACCGGCGGCGGCGGAACCUCGUGCACGGCGGCGGCGGCGGCGGCGCGAGCUCCGGCGAAGGGAUCGU